AUGCCUACCGAAGCUCAAAUCGCUGGAGGUCACAAGGCCAACCUCAAGAACGCCAAUUCUUCUGAGGAGUCAAAGCAGCACUCGAGGCAGGUUCUCAACGACGAAUUCAAUGGUGGCGAUGUCCCCAAGGCAUCGGACGGCGGUAACAAAAACCCCGGCAACGUUGCUGGCGGCCUGAAGGCUACUACCAAGAACCCCAAUGUCUCGGAGGAGGCCAAGCAGUCUGCCAAGCAGCGUCUUGAACAGAUGGAGUAA